AUGGCGGAAGCUCUAAGAGACCUGCUGGCACCCGAUCAGGCGAACGACCCAUCUGCCUUGGAGUACCUGACCUAUCUUGCCGAACAAGAGUCCAGCUCCCUUCAAGCAUCCGAGCCUCAAGUCUUAUCUCAGACCUUCCACUCCCUACUGCUUGCCGUACAAGCGCUUUCGAAGAGAUCCCACAAACCCGUCGUCGAUUCAGCCGCGAGCCAUGCUUUGCUACGAACGUCCCUACCGACUCUGGCCCAGCGAGCCUCAGACCUUGUCCAGGCAGUACCCCGACUAGAUGCGCAAGCAGAACACUUCUCGUCAGCUUUUGGCAAGGCCAGCGAGAGCAAAUUACUAGCGCGGAGAAAGCAGGCCCUUCUUCUACUUCGAAACUCGGAACGUCUUGUUGAUGUCAUGGAAAUGCCUCUCCUUCUUUCGUCCGCUGUCUCGACUGCGCCGGUCAAUCAUUCCUCUACGCUCGAGCUUUACGCACACGUCCGACGCCUUGCUUCCCUCUACCCAGACUCACCGCUUGUCACUUCGGUACUAGACGAGGCAGAUGCUGCCAUUCGACAGAUGGCUGCAGAUCUCAUUGGAACGCUCAAAGCACCCAAUCUCAAGCUUGCCGCUGCCGUUCGAACGAUAGGCUGGCUCAAACGAAUCGUCCCGGAUCUGGUGACUGAUGCGUCAACUGAAGACGCACUCCCGGCCGUCUUCUUGGUGUGCCGCUUGUCCACGCUUUUGACAACGUUGGAAGCAUUGGAACCUCUGAGAGACCUAGCAGAUGAGGAACGACUUCGAAAGGACAAAGCUACCAGCACGUGGUCAGGCGGCCAACAGACAGAGCGGUAUCUGAAACGAUUUAUCGAGAUCUUUCGCGAACAGAGCUUUAGCAUUGUCUCUGUGUUUAGGAGCAUAAAUUCGAGCUUCGCAUCGCACGGGAACGACGAAACUGAUCCUUUGGGAGCCCUGCCUUCCCCAAUGGCUAACUUUCCUUUACAUAUGGUAGAGAUGCUUGUCGAAACGCUGCGUAUCUAUCUGCCAACUGUCAAAGACCAGACAUCGAGGGAAAGCAUUCUGACGCAGGUACUUUACUGCGCGGGCAGUCUGGGGAGGCUGGGGGCUGAUUUUGGCAUGCUUCUUGCUUCGAUCGGUAUAAAUGAAUGGGUUGAGCUUGUCAAACGCCAUCGUCUUCUGGCUGGCCGUCUUGAGUCUGUAAUAGGCGACUAUCGGGGUAGCCAUGCCAGUGGCGUUGGCGCGAACUGA